GUUCCUACAAUCCCCAAUUAUCCACACACAGUGCUUUCAAUGAGAACGCCCUCACUCAAGGUUGAAGUUUUGUUUUCAAACAUUUGCUAGAAGACACUGAAUUUUACUGUACUGCCUUAAAAUUAUCCUAAACUGUAGUGUGGUCUGCACGAAUAAUUUGGUGGACUAAUUUAGACACGAGACACUUAUUUUUAGUUAUUUUGAUCUGCACCUCCUUUGACGAGCGGUGAUGGAGAAGGAGGCGGUGUCGCAGGGAACUGAAUGGGCAGAUGGUGCACCGGGAGAAGCGCCGCCGCUAAACUGCACAGCUGCUUGUUGUCAUGGAGGAGCGAAGAUGGCGGUUCUGGCCUAUAGCCUGGGCAAACGCGAAAUAAAUCAACAUUUUACCAUUAAAAAUGCCAAACUGAUAUCGCUAGUAGCCGUUAUUUUACUCCUCGUGUUUCACACAGCUUCGCGGUAUUAUGGAGGUGGAGACUCAUGUGAAUGGCUGCUGUCCAGAGGACAUUACUUGGGGGAGAACGUAUGGCAGCCGUAUGGCUGCAUGAUGCACAAAUACAAAAGCAUUGAAGCCAAAACCUGCCUUGCUAAAAAGCGGGUGGCCUUUGUUGGUGAUUCACGAAUCAGGCAGCUAUUUUACUCCUUCAUCAAAAUUAUUGACCCAGAGCGACGAGAAGAUGGAAACAAGCACGAGGACAUUUCCUUUGAAGAUGAGAGUUCCUCUGUUAAUGUGGACUUCCUGUGGUAUCCAGAGGCAAAUAAUUCAAUGAAGGAGCGAUUGAUAUCAUGGACACACGAAGCUUCAGCAAAGCCAGAUGUUGUCAUCCUUGGAGCUGCCACAUGGUCCAUCAAGUUGCACAGUGGCAGCAGCGAGACCCUGCAGCAGUACAAAGUCAACCUGACAGCCAUUGUUAUGCACCUGGAGAAGCUGGCUGACAAUGGAGAGGUCUACUGGGUCCUGCAAGACCCAGUAAACGAGGAGGUGUUGAGUGAGAACAGGAAAAUGAUCACUAACCGACAGCUGGAGCUGUACAACGAAGCAGCGGUGGACGUGCUCAACAGCUCCAAGCGUAACAGCAGGUCCCGGGUCAAGCUGUUGGCAGCGUCCCGCCAGGCUGCACUGGAAACUAUCACCCAGUCAGACGACGGCUUGCACCUUCCUGAGAGCACCAGGAAUGUGGGAGCCAUGGUCCUCAUGAACUCUGUGUGCAACAAGCUACUGAGGCCCAUUGACGGCUCCUGCUGCCAGAUGUUACCAGCCCCAAACCUCCUCCAGAAACUGUCAGCAUGUUUCUUCCUGGGCUCGGCCCUGGUCCUCCUGAUCCUCCACGUCCUUGGCAAGAACCAUCACCGCCGACCUGUGCCCCCAGAUGUGGAGAGCCUAGAGGAGAAGAAGCCAGCGAUUGCAGCUGUCGCCCUGGGUCCAAAGGCGCCCUUUCAGGCCCUCUGCAGGAUGGGCAUCAUCAUGGGCUAUUUUUACCUUUGUGACAGAGCAGAUGUUUUCAUGAAAGAGCAGAAGUUCUACACACACUCCUCGUUCUUCAUCCCUCUCAUCUAUAUAUUUGUCUUGGGAGUGUUCUACAGUGAGAACAGCAAGGAGACCAAAUUACUCAACCGAGAGCAAACAGAUGAGUGGAAAGGUUGGAUGCAGUUGGUUAUCCUCAUCUAUCACAUAUCUGGUGCCAGCGCUUUCAUUCCAGUGUACAUGCAUGUGCGGGUGCUGGUGGCAGCGUACCUUUUUCAGACUGGCUAUGGACACUUUUCCUUUUUCUGGCUCAAAGGAGACUUUGGACUGUACAGAGUGUGCCAGGUUCUUUUCCGUCUCAACUUCCUAGUCUUGGUGCUGUGUGUGGUAAUGGACAGAGCCUACCAGUUCUAUUACUUUGUCCCAUUGGUCACCUUCUGGUUUGUCAUCAUCUACGCCACGCUGGCCAUGUGGCCUCAGAUCCUUCAGAAGAAGGCCAACAAUAGUGGCAUGUGGCACCUUGGGGUCUUGGCGAAGUUACUGUGCCUCCUGCUGUUUAUCUGCGUCUUUGCCUUUUCACAGGGUUUCUUUGAGAGUAUCUUCUCUGUGUGGCCCUUCUCCAAGCUCUUUGAGCUGAACGGAAGCAUCCACGAGUGGUGGUUCAGAUGGAAGUUGGACCGAUUUGCAGUGAUACACGGCAUGUUAUUUGCCUUCAUCAAUCUGGUGCUUCAGAAGCGCCAGGUGCUGUCAGAGGGCAAAGGAGAGGCUCUCUUCUCUGCCAAGAUUUCCAAUCUGCUCCUCUUCCUCUCCGUCGUCUCCUUCAUAACUUACUCAGUAUGGGCCAGCAGCUGCAAAACCAAAACAGAGUGCAACGAGAUGCAUCCUUACAUCUCUGUGGUUCAGAUUUUGGCAUUCAUUCUCAUCAGGAACAUUCCUGGCUACGCCCGCUCUAUAUAUAGCUCAUUCUUUGCAUGGUUCGGAAAGAUCUCCUUGGAGCUGUUCAUAUGCCAGUACCACAUCUGGCUGGCGGCAGACACCAAGGGAAUUUUGGUCUUGAUCCCAGGAAACCCUUCACUUAACAUCAUGGUCAGCACCUUCAUCUUUGUUUGUGUGGCUCAUGAGAUUUCCCUCAUCACCAAUGACCUGGCCCAGGUGGUCAUCCCCAAAGACAGCGUGGCCCUGCUGAAGAGACUGGGGGCCGUGGGGCUCUUCAGUCUGGUUGUAUUGCUACUGGCCAGGGGCAGCCAGCCCACACCCGGAGCCUGAUUGACACCUCUUGAUGGGGGGCAGAGCAGACUCAACAAGCCCCUGCUGAGUUUGAAGUGAGGUACAGAUCCAAGCCAGGAGCAGGCCUGGUGUUUUAGCCUACUGUUGGCCACAGGAGACAUCCUCAGUUGUGUUGAGUUACAACACAGGGAUGCAUGGGAGAACAGUGUCUCUCUGCUGGCCAUGUUUUAGCAGAGUCUGUACUUUUUGACUGAUGUGAAAGUCGUACACUGAUAAAAAGAAAAAUGCCCAAAAAAGCGUUUGCUCCGUUCAGGGCAAAGUGCAAAUUGCAAGAUAGAGAAGAAAAAAAGAACAUAACGCUCAAAACAUUUACAUUAUCUGGAUUCAGCAGAAGAGUGGAGAAGAAAUUUGGAGAUGUGGAAUCUUAUUAUUUUAAUCUAAAAGAGGUCCUCUUAUGUCAAGACCUCUUGCUUGCUGUGAAUUUUUGCAGCUUUCCUUCUAUUUAGCCAAACAUACUAAUAAGAGGUUUAUUUUGUCACAUACAGUACUUCCUGUCAUUACUUCACUCUGGAAGGGAUCACUAGGCACACACUCCGUCCACAUGGCAGUAGCAGUUGAAGGUGUUUUCACUCAGGUGGAUCCAUAACCUUCAUAUUCAGAUAUCUAAAGAAAUGUUCAAUUGUGCUGCAUUUUAUUAUCAACAUUACUUUGUACAGUAUUUCUGGUUACUUUUAAAAUAGUGUUAGAUAUCUAAAUAUGCAAAAUAUGGACCAACAACUGACAUGGGUGAUCAAAAAAACUGAAAAAACUGUCUGUCUGUUGACUAAAGUAAACAUUUGGAGUGCAAUUGUUAAAAUGUUGGAUUACCCCUUGACAUAUUUUUUGCUAAUGUUUUUGUGAGUAAUUUUAGAAAUGUUUGCCUUGUGCUGAAAGGUACCGUGGUCACUUGCUGUAGCUCUGAAAUUCUAUGUAAAAUGUACAGUAUUUAAUGAUUUAAAUUAAGCUUAUAUUUUAUACAGUUUUGGGGGGGUUUAUUGGCUGUUUUAUUUUGUACUUUGCCUCAUGACUGCUAUUGGUGAAGGAAAUAUUACAUAGUUGUGUACCCAUCCCAGCAUCUCAUAGAUGAUUACCUGCCUCAGAGACACGUUGCAGAGGUUGAGCCUUUACAGUCUGACGUCUGUCCUAUUAGCUCACUUCCUAGUCUGUGCAUAUUUGUAUGAUAGAGUUGAAGUGCAAGACUUUAUUUUAUACAGCAGUGCUUCAGCAGUGUUUUUGGUACUUGAUCCUUCCAUUACCGUUAAAAACAUGCCUCAUAGCUCUGGUGGAAAAUGCACUGGCUUGCAAAUAUUAUUAUUGUACAAUAGGACUAACAGCUAAAUGUACAUCCUCCCUUUGCUGUCACAGCCAGUGAACUUUCUGAUUAGUGAGUGAGUGAAUAAGUGAUUUCAUAGACUGAAUGCCUUUGAACAUACAGCUUUUCUCAGUGGCUUAUACAUACAGUACAUCUUCAGAUGUACUUAGCCUGUGAUCAUAAUCUUCUGUCUGUUAGGCACUUUGCAUCAGGGCCACAUCUGACUGAGCUGAGAAGACAUAUUACUGUUGCUUAAAGGAAAUUAUUGUAUAUUUUGUCAGUUGACAAGUGGGCGAUAUGUCUUUGCCUUUAUAUCCUCAUAGACAUUUAAGAGAGAUUAGCACUUUUAUUUAUUUUAAGACCUACAUGGGUUCUUUUUCAUCUUUGCUGUGAAAUACAAUGUUUAACAUGGUACCAGUGCAAAUACUUUCCGUACUUUAGCACAUUUUUAUUGGGUAAAUCAAAUGUUUUGUCAAGGUCAUUUGGCAGAUACAAAAAAGUAUAAUAUUGUAAGAUCCGAGCUGUAUUGCAUAUGAAUUUUGAGUUGCCUAUUUCAUCUACCAUGGAGUGGUAAAAGAUUGCAGUGUCAAUCGUUUUCUAAACAUUUAUGUAGCUUCUCUUUAAAAGAAAAAUAUGGGUCCACAAAGAAAAUACAUUUUUUCUUUACAGAGGAGAAGCCUUUAAAGCUGUAAUUGUUCCAGUCAUUUAUUUGAUGAUGUGCAGUUCGUGUUGUGUUUUCAAACUGAAUAAGAGCCAAGUUCAUUUCUAAUUUCUAUAACCAGUCAUGACCUCAUUCUAUAGAUGAGAAUGGCAUUUCCAUGUUGCAAUUUCCAUUGAUGUGUGAAGUUUACUACGAUACGUUUUUUCAUCAAUUACUGAUCAACAGCUAUAAAUUUGGUAAUUGUUUCAGGCCUUAAUAGAUCUUUUUGGUCGUGUAAAAGCAACAACUAUUUAUACACCUGUGCAGGGCCUCUUUGAAAUAUGUUACAUGUACAUUUUUUCGUGAUGUCUUAAAAAUGUGAGAUGUAUCAAUAUUAUUUAUAAAAGCCUUUAUUCUGUUGUACAUUGUUAAUAAUACCUUCAUAAAAUGUG